AUGAGACUCUUACUGCUUUCUACUGCACUUUAUACAGGUAUGAGUUCAUGCAGCUUAACGUACAAAUCUUUCUAUUUUUACAGUUUCGCUAUGUUGCCAACUCAAAGACUACUUGCCAUGUGUUAUGCAACUAAGCGCACAAAAAGUAAGCAACUCACAUCAUCUAUAAUUUCUCUUGGUUUUUUAGGUUGAUUUCAACAUUAACCCUAUAGAAGUCAUAUUCAAUAUUACUACAGAAGCGAAACUUAUGCACACAUGCAGGUUAAUAGUGUCCUUAGUAUGGUUCAAUGAACGUUAACUCUAUUUUCUAGAACAUACGGCAGGAUAUUUCCAUGUUUCGAUCAGAAAAUGGUGCAGUGCGGUACUCCGUCUGAGAAAUCCCAACUGGACCGUGGAAAAAGACUUCACAGCUACCUCUGCGCCCCAUUUUCUCUCCAACGCCAAAAGAUCUUCUUGCGAAGAAGCAAAUGCAUCCAGGAAGUUCUUGCCGCACCUCAAACAUCGACUUGCGACAGAAAUGACACUGCAUUCGUUGAGAAAUUAGCGUCAUGCAGGUGAGCAAAAUCCUUAUUAUUUUAAACUUACACACAUUUCCAGAGAAAUGUGUACUCGUCCGGACUGUCUUACAAAAAUUGAGCUGACGGAAGUUUCCACAUGCACUUACAUUAACAUUGGGAGAAGGUGUAGUGCAGAAGCUGCACAAUUUUUCGCCCAAAUGCAACAGGUAUUAGAGAACAAGACUGUAGUUCAACUGUUAAAGCGGAGAGUUCAGGUACUUACCAACAAAGAAUACCCAAUGCAAUGUCAAUAUGAUCUGAGUCCAAAACCGGACACCGAUCUGAGGAAAGGACUCCCGAUUGAGACGCUCACCACUUCCUCUACCACAUAUGGCACUGUAUACCCUCCUGGGUUGGCUCCAGUUGUCGAUGGUGUUAUCACUAGAACGAGUGUGCCAAUCAUGAGAAGAACUGACCCGAAUUCCAAGUCGAAACCAAGACCAACCGUUUCUCAGUCUUCGGGACCGGUAAUCAAAACAGUGAUAGUCGAUGAACGAGGUGCUCCUGUCAUUGCUCCGGCAGCUCCCACAACUCAAAAACCAAAAAUCGUCCACAAGUUUUUACCAAAUCCUUACACUACCCGAAACCCGAAUGUCAUGAAAAACGACAUCAUAAGGACCACACGAACGAUCAUACCAGCUGAUGGAAAACAAGGACAAACCUAUGUUCCAUGGACCUACAAGAAUGAUGUUCAGGUAUUGGAAGCUUAAUCAAGAUAAAAUAUGAAUCUAAUUAUGACAUUAAGGUUUCAACUCUCUCAAGCGCUUUAAAUCCUCCAGGCGCCAAACCGACUGAGACUGUGCUUUCCGCUCCUCCAGUAGCUUUCAACUUCAAGUUGCCAGCCGAACAAACUUCCACGCAGCCCUUCCGAGUGGAAAUUAAUUGGAUGGAUGAUGGAGUCAAAGAAGAACCGACAACAUAUAAACCAGGACAUGUAAGGGACAUUUUCGCACGUUGAUCCACAAAUAACCGUUUCUUUAGUACGUCUCCCCAUGGUACCUGAAGACUCACUCCUUCCGUCCACCAGAGGAAGAAUUCGCUGCAUCGACGGUUCCGAAUCCAUUAGCAGCAGUGAAUCCGAUUCUCAAUCAACUGAAAUCCCAGUCGCUGAACUUCACGGAACUCGGAAAUCAAGCAAACAACUACUUUUCGGCGGCGUUAAGUGCGUUUGCGGAAACAAAGAAAGAGAUGGCACACAAUGACCCGUGGCGGACAUUAAUAGGUUGGUCUUGAUCAUGAUCAUUUGCAUUCGGGCACCAAAACAAUAUAGAAUCGACUUUGCAGAUGCUGUGGCUCCCACAAUCCACAAGUUCUCACCAGAUGUCAUUCCACGAAUCCGAGAGGAAAUCAACCGAAUUCAACCUGAACAACAACAACAGCAACAACAAAAGAAACAGUGA